AUGUGCUCAGAAUGUACAUUAUCUGAACUACAACAACAACAUAAAGGACAUACUCUAGAGAGUGUAACAACAAUCAAACAAUCAAUUGAGAAGGGCAAGUUCACCAAGGUCUACACAGAACGAUUGAACUAUCUCUACGACUUCCUUCAGAAUGCGGGUGCUACACGUCAAUCAUUGUCGGACACGAUCCAAGAUGUGGAUCAACACUAUGCCAAACAACAUAGGUUGCUUCAAUAUGAAGAGAACUUGGUAAAGGCUCCUGCAAUCAAAUCAAUAUCAAAGACAGAUCGUAUGAUCUCGAAGGCACUCAAAGAGAUGGGAUCGAUCAAUGCUAUGUUCAGAGCGUCCACUGAUCAACUCAAGUUGGAAGACAACAACAACAACAAUGAUGACGAUGAUGAUUCAAUAGUUGUAACAUCAUCACUGGUGGACUCACUAAAGUCAUCAUCUUCAAUGGAGGACUUUAUUGAAACAAACUUCAUUGAAGACUUGGAAAGAGAACCAUUUUCCAACAAUGAGCUGAUGUCAAGAGCAAUGGACACUGUGGAGAGAUUUGAUACAUCAUACGCCCUAACCAAGCAGUAUCAUGCUGUUGAAUACACCGAGGAGACUGUAAAGACAAGUAUCAAGUUGGUAGAGCACAAGAACCCAACUCAAUUGUUCUGCUAUGAUAUCAAUGAGACUCAAUAUGGACUGCUAUCUUUGGAAGACUCAAAGUGGACACACAUUGGUGACCAAAACGAACCAACAACAGACAUCUUAACAUCAGUUUGCUAUGCCAAGGAUAACAUUUACAUCUUUGGAGGUGCCUACACCAUGAAGACGUACUCACGCUACAGUGUCUCUGAGAGAAGAUGGUAUUACAACCUUCCAAUGAAUGGCAUCAAGCCUGGAUCUGGUAUCUCUGCUUACUACAACGGCAAGUCUUUCAUUUACUUGGUUGGAGGAAGAGGUACUGAUGGAGAGUACCUCAACAGAGUGGAUCGGUUCAAUGUCAAUACUCAACAGUUUGAGAGACUUGGAUCAAUUCCCAUCAAUCUAUCAUCAUCAUUCGUUAGUUACAAUCAAAACAAGUUAACAAUAGUUGGUGGUCUCUACAAUGAUGGCAAGAGGGACAAUGAUAGGAUGAAUGAGAACAAUGAACUAAAUGAAGGUAGUCAAUCAUUAAUAGAGUUUGACACUAGGAGUCAAAAGUCAACAAUCAAACAUUUGGACACCUUCUUCUCGAAUGAAGGUACACAACUAAAUUGUCCCCGAUACCAUCCUUUAUUGAAUGGACUCAUCCCAUAG